GCAAGAUAUUAAAUCGAGCGAGUGACAAUGAUACCUUAACCCUAAAACUUAAAGAAAAUACUACUGAUAGGCUAUAUGUGAUAUUUAUAAAUCCUGACAAUAGUAAAGAGACCAAAUAUGAGAUCAGAUUACUUGAUAUCGACCAGGAGCAAAUUGAUAUACCAGUAGUUGUAUACAAUGUAUUUAUUGAAAUAGCAUCCAGUGAGUUUAAAAGAAUAUGCCAAGAUCAAACAAUUGCAGGAGAUCACCUAACCAUAACUACUAAUCAAGAAACAGGGGUUGUGAAUUUAAAUACAAAGAAUGAUAUUAACAUUGGGUGUAUAACUAAACUAGAAAAAAAUGAUAGCAUUACGAAUGAUAAGAUAACAAUCAUGAUAGGAGAAAAUAUCAACAUGUCAUUUUCCCUAAAAUAUCUGAUAAGUUUUACCAAGGCAUCUAUAUUGUCUCAACGGGUAAAG